GCCCACAGUGGUGACCCUGCUGUUGGACAGACUGGCACUUUUUGGAUUCAGUUUCGGCACUUUGCACUGCAGGUUUGGUACUUGUUAGUGUGUGCUUUGUGCCAGUGUGUAUUGGCAUCGAGCAGCAAGAACUGCAGCAGCUUGUCGAAUGGGACAUGUUACGAGACCAGUUUGUCCAAAACGGUGCCACGUCGGCUACGGGAGGCGCUGGCGGCCGUCCUCGAGGAGGGUGCAGCUCCGAACUCCGCAGCGAGCCUCCGAGAGCCUCCGUGCUUGGUCCGGCCGCAGGGUGCCGUGGUGGAUCCCCGCGGGCGAGAACGACGGGAGGUGCCAGACAGGAUGCUCUUGCCUUUGUCAAAGAGCUUCUUCCAAAAGGUUGCAGGGCCGGAGCGGCUGGUCAUGGUCAGCUGGACCACUGGGGCACCAGCAGAUCCCAGUGAGAAGGGAAGCCGCACUGCUAUCGCCCUCAACUUGGCAUUGUCCAUCCGCAAGAACGCGCCCCAACUUGAACGUCGCUUCGCCUAUAUCUCCAUGGAUACUGUCGCUCACCAGGUCAUGCAGGAACAUGGCUUCAAUUCUGCCCUUUGUGAGGCCGGCCCUUGCCGCUCCACCGAUCUUAAAGAUGACAUAUGGAAGAUGAGAUGGUACCUCAUGCUAACGCUCACCAGUUUCGACCUGCAUGUUCUAGUCAUAGAUGCAGACAUCGUCUUUCUGGGUGAUCCGUUGAACGAGUUCAGCAGGGACGUUGACAUGGAGGUCAUGACGGAUCACUUCUUCCCAGAGAAGCACCUGUGGGAGCCGUGGGUGAGGGUUGAGGACCACAUCAACACAGGCUUUAUUCUGGUAAAGCCGACUUUGCCCAUCCGUUUUUUGAUCGCCGACUUUCUGGACGAAAACUGGCAGUCAGAGCAGGGAGGUGUGCGGAGAGAUGGUAUGGAUCAGCGCGUAUUCAACCACUUCAUUGUUCGACGGAUGUUGGCAGACAUCCCGUUGGUGGUCGGCCACUAUGGCCAGAAAACCUUUGGCCGGCAGCAAUCCAUUGUGCCUGCGUGGCCGUGGCGACAGGUCUCUAUUCGUAUCCUGGAUCCAAAACGGAUUGCUCACGGCAUGAACUUCUUUUGGCGGCGUGCUCACCUCCUCGACCCAAAGGUGGGGUCUCUGCCACCAGUGGCCCACAUCAACGGAGCAGACCCAAAGGAAUACUUCUUGCGGGACCGGCAGGUGUGGUUCCUGGAUGAUUGGCUGGAUCGCUUCAAUGACACUAGCCGCAGGUUCAUGACCUAUGUCCACCCUGCCGGCCAGAAUCUUCGGGGUGACUUCACCACCCUGGCAGCGGCAAUUGAGGCCGAGAAAGGGAGCCUGGAGGCAGAGGAAAGCAAUGGACCAUACUUUGACCAUGCCGACAGCUAUGGCCCCAGUGUCAGUGAGCGAAUCACAUGGCUUCAGAUGAUUUCAGAAGCUUGUGUCGUGCUGUGCUUCUUGAAUGCUGCAGCGCUGCUGGCUUUGGGGGCCUUCCCAGUGCCAUGGGCCAAGCCAUCAACAUUUAUACGGUUGGGCUUUUGGAGGCUGACCGAAAUUAGAAUCAUCAACUGGACAUGGCACAAUCCACCUGGAUUCGAAGAUGAUGCCAGGUCCUACAUUUUGGAGAUAGACCGCCUCUCAAUACGACUGCAGCUCUCUUCCAUCUUCGCUGCUAUUCGCAAGCGGGGGGCCAUCAAGGUCAAGCUGGUCUGCGUUGAAGGUGUGCGCUUCAAUACCCAACGUAAUGAAGAGGCUCUGCUCAAUCUUUGGGCGGCGUUGCAUCUUGAUGAUGCGACCAACGAGGCGGCCAUUGUGCAUGGCGCACAUCAUGUCGGAGGCUUGGAUGCCCCGCACAUGGUGAAGCCGUUGGAGCAUGGAGCCAAGGCGCUUCAAGCCGAUGCUGCGCAGAGAAACUUCCAGUUUAGACGGCAGGACACCCCGCUUGGGGAUGCUUUGCGCCGACCACGUUGGGGCGUGCCCUUUCGCUUUGAUAUUGAGCAAGUCUGUGUGAUUAGUGCGAAGCUUUGGCUCUUCGAUCUCUUGACCUUGGAUCGGCGUUGGCGACCUGUAGAGCCUCAGGACACCAAAAUGGAAGUCCCAUGCCUUGCCUUUUCCUGGGAGACCUUGGCCAAACGCGAUCCUCGCCGUGAUGGCCAUGCCGAUGGUAUCAGGGGAGUAUACCUUGGUGAGCUGGUUUGGGUCCUCAUCGCCCAGCUGUUGCCCAAGGUUCUAGAAAGCUCUCCGCAGAAUCUCAUGAAAACUGCGCUCUUUGCAGUUGGCUUUGGCGCUUGGGAUGCCACAGUCAUUAUGGGAGCCAAGGCCUUCGAGCUCGCCCUCGAUGCCAAAUAUUGUCUCGGUAACGUGCUGCCUUGCCUUCCUUCCACUGAGCCACGUCCCACCCUGGACCGAUGCUUUGUGCAUGUGCAUUUGAUUUGUGGGCGUGGACUUGUUCGUCAGCACAACCAGUACUGCAAUGUUCUUGUACGCCUGGAGCUUAAGAAUCCACAGACGCCACAGGGCACUGUGGCAGACCUGGCGGUCGCCCCACUGCGCAUGUGGACGAAGUCGCCCUGGUGGGACCAGAAGUUCUGCCUUGGCCCAGCGACCUCCACCAGCACACUGGUUAGGAUACGAUGCUUCCAUCGCAAGGCUCGACAUGCCAUGUCGACAAAAUGUGAUGGUUUGCUUGGCCAG